AUCGAACUAAAGAUGGACUCCUAAGAAAUUUUUAUACACACACCAUUGGUCGUCCCCGAGACUUCGGAUCUUCCGGAAUAUUCCGCCGUUAAAUUCUCACCGAAGCGCGCCCGGAGGGCCAGACGUUCUUUUAUGAUCACGCUUGCGGAGGGUGAACGAUGAUCGUGCAGGAGCCAGUGCAGGCGGCCAUAUGGCAUUGUUUAAAUCAUUAUGCUUAUCCAGACGCUAUAUUCCUGGCGGAACGGUUGUGUGCAGAAGUGGACACGGAGGAAAGUUUGUUUCUUUUGGCAACAUGUUACUAUCGUUCUGGUCGGGUUAGGCAAGCUUAUGCCUUAUUAUCCCAGAAGGCACCCAGUUCGGCACAAUGUAGAUUUCUACUAGCAAAAUGUUGUUAUGAUUUGGAAAAAUAUGCAGAAGCAGAAGCUGCGAUAAUCGGUGGAUAUUAUAAACAAUUGAAAAAUUUGGAAGAAAUAAUAACUCAGUUUGGAGAACAGGCAUGCUUUUCCUUGCAGAUAAUAGCAAAGAUUUACUAUAAAAUGAUGCGUACUGCGAGAGGUAAUGAAGCCCACAAGCUGGCUUUGAAAUUGAAUCCCUUCCUCUGGCACUCAUUUGAAGAACUUUGUAAUGUUGGCGAGAAAGUGGAUCCUGCUAAGGUUUUUCAGUUAGAUAAAUUAGACUCUUUCGCUAUGUGCCAUGGUACUGUAUCCACGCUUAGCUACAUCACUGAACCAGAUUUUAUCGUACCUGGAAAUAAUGGUAACAAUACACCUAUAUCAAAUGGCACUAACAGUACACCCGUGACGAUAGCAUCAACGCUGAUAAAUGGUGGUCAGGCACCUCAGGUGCGACUGUGUUCCUCUAUAGAGGAGUCACCACAAAAUGCGUCGAUUCACUACAGCAAUUGUUCUUCAAUAUCGCCGAGGACGAAACUAUCGCGUUAUCGCAGUAUGUUCAGUAAUUCCAUGAGUCCACUCACACCUAGCUUCGGUAUUUUGCCGUUGGAGAACAAUACACCCGAGCAGACAGUUCCACCUUCGCAUACGACUCUCACAGAAGCCAAUGACCAAAAGAGCUUGGCGAAACGCGUUAGUAGUUUAAGAGCUCAUGUAGGGCAAUUAAUGUCAAGAAAAGAAACACCGUUGCAACAAGGCAAAUCAGUAUUUUCCCAAUCGGGUAAUACAAGCAAUACUGCCAAUAUUGUGACAGUAACAGCAGCUAAUCCGACUUCACCUCCAUCACCGACAUUUCAAGGCACCAAUGUUAGACGAUCGUCGCGUCUUUUCAGCCAUAAUUCCGUAAAGGAAAACAACAAGUCACCUAAUAGGAAUAAAUUUGCAACUCCAAAGUCUCCAUCUCGGAAAACGAAAGCGAGACUAGCCAAGGCGAAUUUAAACAAAACUAACUUUAAUGAGUUAAACGAGAGGAAUAGGAAUGAAAAGGAGAAAAGCGAAACGAUCACAUCUGAGAAAGCUGUAGCUAAUGCAAACGCUCUUAACGCCCAAAAUAAUAAUAUUCACUCUGGUAUAACAUUACAAAAGCAAUCGGCAGAGGGAUUGAUGUCUUUGUUACGAGAAUUAGGAAUGGCGUAUCAGCACUUGAGUCAGUUCAAAUGUACGCACGCGGCUCAUAUACUAAGUAUACUGCCGUCACGACACUACAAUACGGGCUGGGUACUUUCUAUGUUGGCUCGUGCACAUUUUGAAAUGAUGGAUUACAAAAAGGCUGCUAGUUAUUUUGCCGAAGUGCGACAGUUAGAGCCACAGAGGACAGAAUUGAUGGAGAUUUACAGCACUGUUCUGUGGCAUCUACACGCAGAAGUACAGUUGUCUACGCUUGCUCAAGAUCUAGUUUCCCAAGACCGUAAUUCAGCAGCGGCAUGGUGCGCCACGGGCAAUCUCUUCUCGGCGCAAACGGAACACGAAACUGCGAUUAAAUUUUUCCAAAGAGCUAUUCAGGUGGAUCCUAAUUUUCCCUAUGCCUAUACAUUGCUAGGGCAUGAAUACGUUUUGACUGAAGAACUAGAUAAAGCGAUUACUGCUUUUCGUAACGCCAUCAGACUCGAUCCUAGACAUUAUAAUGCAUGGUUCGGAUUAGGAACGAUAUUUUCGAAACAGGAGCAAUAUAGUUUAGCAGAGUUACACUUCAAACGAGCCUUACAAAUAAACCCGCAGAAUUCUGCGUUGAUGUGUCAUAUAGGUGUCGUGCAACACGCCCUGAAGAAAACCGAUCAGGCGUUAAAAACUUUAAACACCGCACUAAUGAAUGAUCCGGAUAAUACUUUAUGCAAAUUCCAUCGUGCGAGCAUCAACUUCUCUAUUGGUCGACAUAUGGAAGCUCUAAGAGAAUUCGAGGAGCUAAAGAAUAUUAUACCCAAAGAAUCUCUAGUCUAUUAUUCGAUAGGAAAAGUACAUAAAAAAUUAGGCAAUACCCAUCUUGCGUUAAUGUACUUUAGUUGGGCAACGGAUUUAGAUCCGAAGGGUGUUAAUAGUCAAAUUAAGGAGGCUAUAUUGAGUCCAGGUCAAGGAGAUGAUGACUCUCCGCCGACACAAUCAGAUGAACAGCAAGCACAAAGUAACUCAAUGGAACAGGAUGUUGAAACUAGUAGAGAAGGAAGUGCCGCGCCACUUGCCGGCAAUGUCUCGGUCGAACCUCACGCCGAUGACAGCGACGAUAGUUUAUGAAAACGAUAUGCGAGAAGACUUCCGUGAAAAAGAGAUGGAGCGUUACUAUCUUCAUUAUCAGUCAUCUAAAAUCAUUUUUCGCCAAUCUCGCUUUGCUUAGUCGGAGCUUAGUCAGAUCACUGAUGCGCGAUCAUUGAUUUAAAUUGAACGGUUGUCGACAUCUUUGCAAACUAUUCCAUACGAUACAUAUAAUUCGGUUAAAAAGAAUUAUUAUAUUAUUUUUCCGCAUCAUCAAAUUUUCCUUUUAUCUUGCAUGAUUUCGUGGAUUCUUAUAUUCACGGAUGCGAUGUCUUCGCAAAGAUAGAAGACUCGUAUGUAGCAUCCUCCAUCGACUUGUAUAUUACGCGUUCGCCUCUGUAUAUUUUUUUACGAUUGUUUGAUUAUCUUUUCUAUUUUUUCAUGCGCUCUUAAUCAUCUCUCUCUUUCUUGUACCUCGUCCCGUUUCGCGAAUAAGUCGCUUUAAAUCAAAUGUGAUUCAGAGACGAGAACUCGAAAAGAAUUGGCUUUAAUCAGGCUUGAUUAUAAUAAAGAAGGAAGGAGAAGGAUCAAUUUAAUUUGCGACGAGAUAUUAAAGAUUUACGGUUGAGUAGAGACUGUAUCAUGUUGCGAUAAGGUGAACGAAUAUAACCGUAAGCAUGUCGUAUAUAGUUAGGUAAUAUGAUUAAUUGUUCGCGAAUAAGGAAGAAGAGUCUUGUGUAAAUGUAAAUUAUUAUUACUGUGUACUACUAUUAUUACUAUUACUAUUAGUGCUACCAUUAUUAUUUGUAUGAUUAUCAUUGUUGAUUUAGUGAUUGUGAAGGUAUCGUUAGCUGCUCGGCGUCAGAGCAGCCCCUAGACGAUCGUGCAAUUCUCGCCAUGAAGAUCCCCUCGGUUGAUCGAACAUACGAAUCCGAAACACCGCGACUGCGAUUUCGGUGGUUCAGUAAUCGCGCGAUUACAUUCGGUUUUUCGAUCUCUAUCUGAUAUCCGGAAUUUAGCAUAACUCGCCUCGCAAAUGUCUAUAUAUAUAUAUAUAUAGAAAUACUCGUCGGAUUAUAUUCUUAAUAGUGCUGGACAGAAUUUAUGAUGUUUACGGCGUCGGUCUUCGUAUCGAUAUUAAGUGUACAAUGCAAAUUGUGUCGUUACUCCUCGAAUAUCGUCAAAUUUGCUGGAACAGAGAUCUCAACGUGUUGCAUUAGGAGGAACGGCGUAUAUAUAAAUAAUAUACGUUUAUUUUUAAUUUUAAACAAAUUGAGUUGUGAUCCUAGUGCGCUGGUAUCUGUCGCGCGUGACUGUAACAUUUUAUAUUGUACACGUAAUUAAACGAAAGACGUCACACGGAAAAAAGAAAAAAAUAAGUUGUACACAAGUCGUCGACUAAAAAAAUACGUCUGUAUGAUGCAGAUACGCGUAUCCUGUUUCUUCCGCUCCUUUAUACAGGAUGGAUACUAAAUCCUCUGCACGAUUUUAAAGGGUGAUUCCCCACAUAAAUUUAAGACAAAAACUUCAUAUAACGUAUGUUUGUGCAUGUUCAAAGUUUCAUCAAAAUAACCUGAGUGGUUUUCGAAAUUUUUGGAAAAGAACUUUUUCCUUCAACGUUAAUACUCUGUCUCUUUGAUUUGAAACUAAAUUGUUUCGGGCAUAUGCAAUUUUCGUCUUGAAUUUGUGUGGGGAAUUACCGCUUAAAAUUUUAGAGUUAGUAUUCACACUGUAUGUCUAUCCCUUUUCAAUUUAUUUAUUUAUAUUUAUCUCUUUUUCGCAUCUCUUUCCAGUUCCACAUUCAUCCCUGCGUCUUUGACGGGGAACAAAAUGGGAGCGAGGGUGGAGAUCUUUUUGCAUAUAUCCGACAUAUUGCAUCUAAUCUCGUUAUUUAUUAACGGCGUCUAAUCGUUAUUUAUUGUUUGAUCCACGUAUGUUUAAUUGCCGAGCGGAAAUGGAGUCGUAACUAUCUUCCAAAGAGUUUAGGAAAACCAAUACGCGCGCGUAAAUGUAUGUGAUGUCUGGCUCGCUUUUACCCAGCCGCCGCCAUACAGAAACCGAGAAGGUUCGAUCGAAGCCAACAAUCGCUGCCGUGUUACUCGUUACAAAGAGGUGUAUGCGCAAAAUAAAGGCCUGCACUUUUUACGAAACUAUAUUGACGACCUCACUCCUCACCUAUUUAUCCAAUACAUUUAACAUUGAUUUCUUGCGCGCGGCGAAAAGAU